CCAGAUUUUUACUAUAGCUACACUUAAGUAAUAAAAAUAAGAAAUAGUUUUAAUGUUCCAAUCCGGCUUUAUGACGAUGGGCUUGGGCUCUAAGUGACAUAGCGGGUCACUGAACGUAGCCACGGUCACGGGAGGGAUGUGUACCUGACAGAGAUAUGGAAUGAUUAUAUGGCUUUCCCUAAAAACAAAGAUUGAUCCGAGAGGUGGGGAGAGGAAUAUAUAAGGGCAGUUCCACUUGGAGUUUUUUUUUUGGAGUUCAUGCAGAUAAGUUUUACUUGUACGUGGAGUUAUUCGUGUAUCACAUUGCAUUCGUCAUCCCGUGGACCGUGGAUUCGUUAUCGAACCUGAAUUCGUUGUCAUCAGCAUCUCGACCAUCCGAUAGCCGCUAUUACUUAUAGCCUUUUGUAGUGCCCACAUUUGUACCAAUAAACAUCAGCUAUAUCCGCGAUUAUAAAUUUGAGUGAAGGUUCAUCGAACGCCCAAAAUUCCAACCUUAAUCCGACAUAUAUAUAUACACAAUAGUUCUAACAAACGAGUAAUUAAAGAGAGAUAACUUUUUAUAUGAUAACUCUCACUUAAUUGAUGCGACAUCGACUGAAAACCAUAUGCAGAGAUAUAUCGUUGUAACAUAGAGUCUUUACAAUUAAUUGCUCAAUACUAGAUAUAAUUGAAUUCAAUAUCGAGCAUUAAUAUAGAUUGUAAGACUAAUGUUAUGAUCAUUUACAUGUUCGUAAAAACUUUAUCAAAGUAGUCAUCUGUCAACCGCGCUUAACCGCGUAGUGCAGGAGCAAAAUAGUGAUAUUAUUACGCUGAUAAGAAUGUGGCUUUUUAUUUUAUCCGUUUUCGUCUUUGUUUAAAUUCCUCUUCGUGUCUUUCUCGAAGGAUAUAAAAUAGGACGGGAGUAAACUAAAGCUGUAAUUUUGUUGACGCAAGUGCGAACCUUUGUGUUAGGUGCCAGGAUAUACCUUCAUUUAAAUAUAUAAUAAAGCGUAAGUUGCAAGCGGCUAUCGAACAUCUAGCAAAAGCUAUUUCGUGUUUCUGAUUACUUACAAAGAUAACUCUUGAAAUUUGACUAAUUUAUUAAUUAACAAUGUAUAUACGAAUAUCUUCGCUUAUUCGUUUCUUAAUGUUACGUACGAAUCUGCAAAUGGCUGAAUCGAUGAAAAAGAGAAAGGUAUGCGUAAUAGGAGCCGGCGCAGCUGGCCUCUGCGCAGCUAGACACUUUGCGCGAAGUUUGAAUUUCGAAUUGAAUGUUUUCGAGCAAACAAAUGAUAUCGGCGGUACAUGGGUUUACAAAGAAGCAACUGAAGUCGACGAAAAUGGUUUGCCCGUUCAUUCGAGCAUGUAUCGAGACUUAAGAACUAAUUUACCGGCGAAAAUUAUGAAUUUCCCUGAUUAUCAGAGAUUGAACGCUGAAGAACCAUGUUGUGUGACACAUCAGGAAGUUCGCACAUAUUUACAGAAUUACGCGGAAUACUUUGAUUUACUUAAACAUAUUCAGUUUGGAACACGAGUAGAAUCCGUUCGAUUGCAAAUUUCAGCCGAAGGCAAAGAAGAAUGGGCUGUACGAACAAAAGUUGUAAAAACAAAAGAAGAGAAAGAAAGUAUCUUUAACGUUAUAAUGAUCUGUAAUGGACAUUACUUCGAUCCUUACAUACCAAUGAUACCAGGAAUCGAAAAAUUUCCGGGUACGAUACUACACAGUCAUUCAUAUCGAAAGUCAGAAGAUUUUUCUGGUAAAAGCGUUUUAAUCUUGGGAGCAGCUGCUUCCGGAGUCGACAUCGCUCUUGAUUUGGCUCACCACGCAUUUCGAAUAUAUUUAAGCCAUAAUAAUGAAAGAUUAAAUAGCCCCUUACCAUCAAACGUAAUCGAAGUGUUAGGUGUGGAAAAGAUAGAGGAGGGGAAUAUUCUUUUAAAAGAUCAAAAUUCUAUUACGGUGGACGUAUUUAUGUUUUGUACGGGGUAUCGGUACAGUUUUCCAUUUCUAGACGAAAACUGUGGAAUUCGAGUAGAUAAUAACUUCGUGACUCCUUUAUAUAAACAUUUAAUUAAUAUUGACCAUCCUACAAUGUGUAUUGUUGGAGUGCCUACUGUCGUUGUUCCAUUUCCUAUGUUUCACAUGCAAAUACAAUACUUCCUUGCAUUAUUAGAGAAAAGAGCAAACUUACCAACAAGAUCAAUUAUGCUGGAAGAGUCGAAGUUAAAAACCUCGAAGAAAAGACAUGCACACAAAUUAAGUGACAAACAAUGGGAUUACAACAAUGCGUUAGCCGAUGCUGGAGGUUUCGACCGUUUGCCAAAAUUCUAUAAACUCGGAUACGAAGUGUGGUCAGCGCAAAGGAAAGCAAAUCUUUUGAACUAUAAGAGGGCUAGAUUUGUAUUAUCCAAAGAUCAAGAAACUGUUGAGUUAGUCAUACCGAAAGGAAGUGUAUAA